UGCGCGGAUUAUAUUGAUGACUCCGUCGUAAUCCUACUAAAAUGAGACUUCCGCUCGGGCGAGGGGUCUACGAGGAUGCGCGAACGGGGUGGUACGUGGUAGACGUGCGUUUUUCUAGUGUCUUACAGGCCACUAGGUUGGCGCUCUCCUCUGUCACACGGUUCGAAAUCGGGGUCUGCACAGACGUUGCGAAACAGCACGACACAGGGGCAAACCAGCACCUGUUAAGGUUAUUUCCCCGCCUACCAAAAUUUGGGUCGCCGCGAUAGCUGUGCGAAGAGCACCAGGGUAUUUAAGACACUUCUCAAAAAACCGCGCACGCGACGCUAAAUACAUCCUCUACGUGCAAGAUGGCAGCAAACUGCGCAUCCUGCGCCGCGGCGACGGAAUUCGACGCGGGGACGAACUACGACGUGGUUAUCGCAGGCGCCGGGCCGUGCGGCCUCGCGCUCCUUAGCGCUCUCCAUGCUCAGGAGGGCAAUUUGACGGACGAGCAGCAGGCGACGAUGCAGGCGCGCAGUCGUCAAAACCGUAUUAAGAAGAGCGAGCGCGAGGCACUCAAGGUCUGUGUCGUCGACCCGGCCGGCGCGUUCCUCCACGAGUGGAGGGGGAGGUUCGACGCCCUGGAUAUCGCGCUGCUGCGGUCGCCGGCCUGGGCGCACCCGGACUUUUUUAGUGAAGCGGCCCUGCAGGAGUACGCGUGGCGCCGCGGCCGCGAGGCCGAGAUUCAUAGUAUCGACGACUUCACGACGACGUCGCUGCGGCGCCUCACCGAGGUGAACGCGGGGUUGUUCCGGCUGCCAGGCGCGGGCCUCUUCAGCGACUUCUGCUGCGAUCUAUCCAAAACCCUGCCCCACGCCAUGCUCCGGGGCGAGGCGUCUGCUGUCGAGAAACGUAGUGAAGGGGGCUACGCCGUGGCCGUCGGCGACGCGUCCGUCAGGACGCGGGCCGUCGUCUUCGCGCUCGGGGCCGCGACGACGCCCUGCGUGCCGCCGCAGUUCGCCCUCGCUCCGACGAUCGUCCACUCGAACGACUGGCGGGCGCUGCGGGACCUAGAUUUCGGGUCGAAGGACACCGUCCUCGUCGUGGGCGGCGGCCUCUCCGCCGCGCAGGCGGCGCUCCGGGCGGCGAAGCGCGGCGCGGGGCGGGUCGUGCUCUGCUCGCGCCGGAAGCUCUGCACGCGGACCUACGACCUGGAACUGGACUGGAUGAACCGCCGGUCGACGGGCAAAGGAAGCGCGCGGCGCCGCCUCUACGAGUUCAAGGGCGCGCCGCUCGAGGAGAGGAGAGCGUUCGUGGCGAAGGCGCGGGGCGGCGCGACGGUGCCGCAGUACUACCUCGAUUUGCUGAAGACGGCCGAGGACCGGGGCGCCAUAGCGCAUUUUGUCGAUGAGGUCUGCGACGUUCAGGAAGUAGACGGCGCGCACCGCGUCGCAUUUAAUAAAUCGGAGCCGCUCGUGGCGACGAAAAUUAUUUUGGCUACCGGGUCCCAGCUCGACUGCGGGACGAUCCCGCUCCUGCGCGACACGGCGAAACGAUUGGCCCUGCCCGUCGUGUCCUGUCUGCCGGCCGUCGACGACUCCUUACGCUGGGGCGACGAGGACCUCUUUGUCGUCGGGGCGCUCGCGCAGCUGCGUGUGGGUCCCGACGCGGGUAACCCUACGGGCGCGCGGCGCGCGGCCGAGAUAUGCGCCGCGAAUUUGGGCUCGCACGACGACCUCGUGGAAGACUACAACGUCCUCGCGAACACGUACGACGUCUUCGGCGACUCCUCGGACACCGAGUCGGAGACGGAGAGCAGCUCGACGGACUAGUUUGUAAAUAGUACAAUUAAA